UAAUCAAGCAAUGGACUAUUUGAAAAAUAACGAAGAUUUCUCUUCAUCAAAAGGGUACUCCUCAACUGUAUCUUUGACACCUCUUCAGAACAGAGCAGGAAUGAAUGUAAUUAACACUAGUGAUGCAGGUAACUUCCUGCAAGAUAUAAUGGGUAUUAAGUCUGCAUAUGAUAGCCAAAAGGGAGAAAACAAUAUGCAUUCCUCUCCUAGUCAGAAAUAGAAUCAAUUCAUCAGCAUCUAACAUCAAGUUUGGCAAACUAACCAUCCAAAGAGGCCCAAGCAAAGAAUCUCUUGAUUCUGCAGUCAUUACUAAAUCAUCUGGGAAGAGAUCAGUCAAGAAUAAACACCUGAACUUUACCAACACCCCUGACCAAGCAACAAAUUCUUCUAAAGGUAAAAAUUCAAAAACUCUUUCUAAAUUUAUGACACCGAGGAUAAAGAAUUCAGGUGAGAUCCACAGCAGGCAUCGUUUCACAGCUUCUUCAAGAAUGGGGUCGAAGAAAGAUUUGCUAACGAGACCUUUAUUCAACAAGACAUCCAAAGGUACUCAGAAGCGGACCCAUACAAAGUCUCCUUUCCAAGAAACUGUCUGCACCAAGCCAAGGAAGAAAGGACGUUUGGGGUCGAAAUCAAAGAGAUCUAUUACUCCUGUGAUCCAAAAGAAGCAGGUUUUGGCCAGCAACAAGUUCGCUAAGACCAUCAACCCUAAAGAGAGUGUUCCCUUCUUAUUCUCUAAUCAGGAUAACAACACUGGGUUGUCCAUUCAAAAAUGUAACGAAUCUGAUGAACUAGAGAGCAUCGAGCAAGACAUUGCCAACCUUGAGAAACUUAAGAGCAUCGGCAAAAUUGGAGAGCAGUUCGUAUUUGAGCUAGAUGAAUGAGCCAAGCAGCCUAAAAGUCCAGUGAACUUCAGGCAAACAGACCUAGAUGGGUAUGCAAAUGCAUUUAAGAACCAGCCGAAGCAAGCUAAGCCUCACCAGAAGGCACCGUCAAUGUUUGACUCGAAGUGUUCCUCAAGCAGAGACAUUCCAACUGUUGACGAAGCUGAGAAGAAGAAAUAAGAUUAUGGAAUAUCUCAAGAUCGUCAAGAACAAAAUCUCCCAAAUGGAGGUCAAACUAGGUGAUGCACAGAAUGAAGCAGAGAUCUAUAAAAGUAGAAGCAUUGAACUAGAAGCACAACUCAGAUACUACAAAACCAAGUCUCAAGAAUUUGAGAACUCACGUGAGAAAGUUAUCGAGAAAGAGAAGGUCAUGGCUAUGAAAUAUGGCAUUAUUCUGAGUCAAAACAAGGAGCUUGUGAAUAAAUGUAAGAUCCUUAAGACGGAAAAUGAUGAUCUUAGAGCUCAAUUGCAUGAGCAUAGCAAGAAAGAGUCUAUAUCUGAUAUUAUCUCAAAUGAUUUACAAUCAAAGCUGAUGAAUAUGACUACAAGAAAUCAUAAACGGGAUUAUUCAAGCCCAAUUAUUCAUAAGAAUAAUCCUACAUGCCAUUCAUCUGCAACAUUAUCAAAUAAUUGUAACGAAUUCGACAAAAUGAACAGAUCUACAGCCAAAAACAUCGACAAAAGUAGCGAUUUCGACCCUAUCUCCAGCACAAAGGGCGACCAAACCGGCAUAAAACUCCCUCCCGACGACGAAGAGUCCUCUUCAGAGCCUACCGACUUCACCUCGCUCAAAAAGCUCAUCGCCAUUCAACAAUCCUCCCUUGAAUCGCUCCCUUCAGACCAAAAGUCCAUCGUGAGCCACCUAAUCAACAAACUUCUCACCAAAGAGAAGCAGAGACUCUCUCUUGAAUCCCAGUGUGACGAACCCUAACUUAAUUAUAUUGCUGAAUCUCAACUG